GGGAGGUCGAUUUAGCGGUUGUUUCCUGCUUGCUGUUUCCACUCGAAGCAAUGGCAGAAGUAAAAGCUUCCCUGGCUUGUGGAGUUAUAGCGGCUUUCCUGAGUUCAGCGGUGCUUGCAUUUGUUGAAGACCUAGAUGACACAUUUAAAGACACCAGAGUGAAUGACGUCUGGCUGGUUGAUUUCUAUGCUCCGUGGUGCGGCUAUUGUAAAAAACUAGAGCCAAUAUGGCAUGAGGUAGGAGCUGAGCUGAAGAGCUCAGGGUCGCCGGUUCGUGUGGGAAAGAUGGAUGCUACGGCUUACUCUGGAAUGGCAUCAGAGUUUGGUGUUCGUGGUUACCCCACAAUAAAACUGUUAAAGGGUGAUCUUGCCUACAAUUACAAGGGACCGAGGACAAAAGAUGAUAUUGUAGAGUUUGCCAACAGGGUGGCAGGACCAGCCGUCCGAGCCCUUCCCAGCAAGCAGAUGUUUGAGCACAUGAUGAAACGGCACGAUGUGCUUUUUGUGUAUGUUGGUGGGGAUUCUCCUCUCAAAGAGAAGUACAACGACGCUGCCUCUGAGCUCAUCGUCUAUACUUACUUCUUCUCUGCUUCAGAGGAAGCCUUGCCAGAGUCAGUAUCUUUGCCAGAGCUUCCUGCUGUCGUAGUCUUUAAAGAUGGAGGCUACUUUACCUAUGAUGAGUACGAGGACAGUAGCUUAUCAUUGUGGGUGAACAAGGAGCGCUUCCAAGGUUACCUUCAGAUUGAUGGCUUUACGUUGUAUGAGCUGGGGGAAACAGGCAAACUGGUGGCAAUUGCAAUCAUCGAUGAGAAGGACCCCACAGAGGAGAGUGGCAGAUUAAAGACCUUGAUGCAGAGGGUGGCAAAGGAAUACCGGGAACACUUUAACAGAGACUUCCAGUUUGGCCACAUGGACGGGAAUGACUACAUUAACAGCCUCAUUAUGGGCGAGGUGACAGUUCCCUCCGUUAUCAUCCUCAACACAUCCAACGAGCAGUACUUCCUGCCCAGUGAGCCGAUCGAAAGCAUGGAGCAGCUGGUCCAAUUCAUCAGCAGUGUUCUGAACGGUUCUGCACAGGCAUAUGGAGGUGACGGCAUCAUUCAGAGGAUCAAACGUGUUGCCUUUGAUGCCAGGUCCACCAUUAUGUCGGUGUUUCGCAGCUCUCCACUGCUGGGCUGCUUCCUGUUUGGCCUACCGCUGGGCGUAAUUAGCCUGAUGUGCUAUGGCAUCUGCACAGCUGAGUCUGAUGACGGUUCGGAUGACAUAGAUGCGCCAAAGAGAGAGGGCCUGACUGACGAGGAGGAGGAAGAGGAGGAGGAGGAGAGGCAACGUGCUGCGGCGCUGGAGGGCCCAGAAGAAGAGGAUGAGGACGUUGGAGAGAAGGAUCCUGAAGAGAAGAAAACCGAUUAACACAGGGGCACCUGCUGGAUAGAGGAUCAUAGGCCUAGUCAAAUGCAGUGACAUGAAACUCAAAGACAUAUCAAUGUGUUACUGUUGUGCUUUGUUUUUCAUCUCACUUCCCCUCAGAGCCCCUCUAGCACAGACUAUUCUUCCAUCUUUGAGUUCUUUGUCUGCGUGUAAGGUCGGCUGCUU